GCAGAAUAAAAGCAGUAGGUUAUUUCUCUAGUCUGUAUGAGUCGUCUAUCUACCUCCACACCAAGGAGCUGGUGUCUGCUGCUGCCGCUGAUAUUUAUAGGUAUUUGCUGGAACUCCACCAUUUGGACCAGUAUGUGCUCAGGUCUAGUGGAAAACUAUGUGGCUGCCAUGGUCCUUAGUGCUGCAGGAGAUGCCAUUGGCUAUAAUCGUGGCAAGUGGGAAUUCAACAAAGAAGGACAGCAGAUCCAUAAUGAACUGGCCAAACUGGGUGGCAUAGAAAACAUUGAUGUGAAGAAUUGGCUUGUGAGCGAUGAUACCAUAAUGCACAUUGCCACUGCUGAGGCCUUGGUGGAGGCGGGCAAAGACACAGACCCAGCUAAGCUCUAUCCCCUUCUGGCAAAGAAAUACAAAGAAAGCAUGAAUGACAUGGUUGGCAGAGCUCCUGGCAACACUUGCAUGAGAAGUGCUGGUAUGCUCGACCCCAAAACCCCUGACGGAUGGAAGAUUCCAUUUCUGAAACAUGGUGGGGGCUGUGGUGCAGCUAUGCGUGCCAUGUGCAUUGGACUGAGAUUUCGCCAUCCAGACCAGUUAGACGACCUUAUUCGAAUAAGCAUAGAAAGUGGCAGAAUGACUCAUCACCAUCCGACUGGAUAUCUGGGAUCAUUGGCUGCUGCAUUGUUUUCUUCCUAUGCAAUAAAUCGAAAGCCACCCCACGAGUGGGGCAAAGCUUUGCUUGAUGUCUUGCCCAAAGCCAAAGCCUAUGUGGAAAAAUCUGGGAGAGAUGUACAGGAUAAUCUAAUGACUUGGACUUUCUUUGAAAGAAGCUGGCAGUCAUACCUUACUCUGAGAGGCAUAAUAGAUGGAAAGUCGCAACCAAAGUUUCCUGAGAAUUAUGGUGUGGAGGAAAGGGAUACAUUCUACACUUCUCUUAGCUUCAAUGGUUGGGGGGGCAGCAGUGGGCACGAUGCCCCCAUGAUUGCUUAUGAUGCCAUUCUUGGUUCUGGGGACAGCUGGACUGAACUUUCUCACAGGGCUUUUUUCCAUGGAGGAGACAGUGAUUCCACGGCUGCCAUUGCAGCCUCCUGGUGGGGGGCAAUGUAUGGUUUUAAGGGUGUCAGUCAAGCCAACUACAAGAAGCUGGAAUACAGAGACAGACUGGAAAAACUAGGAAGAGGCUUAUAUCACCUCUCAUAGAAGAUGAUAGAACAAUACGGCAAAUAGCACUGACACAGACAGCAGCUGUAUUACCCAUUCACCUGCUGCUACCAUCCUAAAAUUAUGCAUUUGCAUGUGGGGCCACAAUAAAGGGCAUAAACCAUGGACACAAUUCCA